AUGUUGUGUACAGGAAACAGAAUAAUUCUUGUUCAAUUCUCUACUGUGAGUGCACGAAAGAAAAUGACCUACACCUUACAUUAUUCUACCAAUCGAAGUAACAUCAAGGCUAGGUUAUCAAGCAUGCUUAACACUAUACGUAGAUACAUUAGCACUGGCAAAAACUCAUCAACGUUAUUAAGAGCACAAAUCGACAUUAAUGAUAUUUUGAGUCGUCCAAAAGAGUAUGAAUCUUCAAUUCACCGAAGACAACUACCACAAGAGUUGAUUGAAAACAUCAAUUUCAUCACAUCAAAUCGACCAUUACAAGCACAAUUGUUUUCUCAAAUCAAUGACAUGAAAAAAGAAAGAACUAUCCUAGCAGAGCGUUUAAAGUCAAACGUGGGUGAUCUACAACAAUUCAAAGAAAGAUUGAAGCAACUCAAAUCUGAACUAAAACCGUUGGAAAAACAAGUGAAAACCAUCCAAGAAAAAAUAUACGCCAAAGCCGAAUCUUUGCCCAAUCUUAUAGACGUAACAGUCCCUACGGAUCCUUUGAAAGAAGAAGUUGUCCAAUUUAUAAAUUGCCAGUCUGAAGAAGAUGCUAAAGUUUCAAAUUCGUCAGCAGUUCAUGAUCACAAGGAAAUAGGAGUCAACUUUAAUAUUUUGGAUUUCAGUGUGGCAUCUAGAGUAUCUGGACCGUCUUGGUACUAUUUAAUUGGAGAUGGUGCUUUGCUUGAACAAGCGUUAAUUCAAUAUGCGCUCUCAAAAGCUCGCAGGCGUGGGUAUUUGAUGCUUACUCCACCUUCGAUUGUUAAGUCAGAAAUUGUUGGAGCCUGUGGAUUCAAACCAAAUGAUCAAAAUAAUGAAAAGCAAAUCUAUGAACUUAAAGGCGAACACAAGUCCUUGACAGGUACAGCAGAGAUACCAUUGGCUGCAUUCCAUUCUUCUACUGUAUUCCCGAGUGGCACUCAAUUCCCCAUAAAAUAUGUUGGUGUAUCAAGAGCAUACCGCGCUGAAGCAGGGGCCAGUGGAAAAGAUACUAAGGGAUUGUAUAGAGUGCAUGAGUUUACUAAAGUCGAGUUAUUCCAUUUUACAACAGAAGAGAAGGCCGCACAAGAAUUAGAAGAUCUAAAGGAUAUGCAAGUGGAAAUUGUCACGGAAUUGGGUCUAUCCGCUAAAUUGUUAAAUAUGCCAUCAUCCGAUUUAGGUGCACCAGCAAUGAAAAAAUAUGACAUCGAAGCGUGGAUGCCAGGAAGAGGUUCCUGGGGAGAGCUCACAAGCUGUUCUAAUUGUGGCGAUUACCAAUCUCGAAGAUUAGGUAUACGUUAUAAUGAUGAUCAAGAAGGUCGUCUCAAACACGUUUCAACACUUAACGGUACAUGUAUGGCCGUCCCUAGAGUAAUUGUUGCAUUAAUUGAACAAAACUUUAAUGCAGAAAAGAAUGAAAUUUCAAUACCAGAAGUUUUGCAGCCAUUCAUGGAUGGCAAAGAUAAAAUCGUUCCUAAUUAA